AUGGAACAUCAAAAUCCUACGUUGAAAACUGGCGAAGAUUCAGGAUCCGGUGUAAAUUCGAAAUGUGAUACCAUUGAAAACGUUCAACCUGCACUAUGUGAAAAAAAAAUUCUCCAAUUGUCUUUAAAUCCUUCCUUGGAGUCAAUUGUCAUUUCGUCAAAGGAAAAAGAUUUGUUAGCAAGUCGUGAGAGUGACCAUGAUCCCAGGAACUGGCCCGCGAAAAAAAAGAAUCUCAUACUUUUUAUAAUCGCUGCAGCAGGGAUACUUGCGCCCAUAUCGAGCACAAUUUUUUUCCCGGCACUUAUCGAAGUUCGUAACGACCUAAAUACAACCGAGGUCCUCGCAAACGGACUAGUUGCGGUUUUUAUCCUGUUUACAGGGAUCGCGCCACUUGGUUGGGCUUCGUAUUCGGAUGCUUAUGCUACGAGACGUAAAGUCUACUUGGUCUCCAUUAUGCUAUUUCAAAUUACGAGCGUGAUAUGCGGUAUCGCGAAUAACAUUUGGGUGUUGAUGCUGAUGCGUGCUCUUCAAGCAUGUGGCGCCUCGGCUGUUCAAAGUAUCGGUGCUGGAAGCAUUAGCGACAUUUUCCAUCCUCAUGGUGAAUUCCCAUCUAUCUCUACUACUACCAGUCCUCUAAUUGGUCCGAUUAUCGGGGGUUAUCUAACACAGUACCUUGGUUGGCGUUGGAUAUUCUGGUUCCUGACAAUAUUCGGUGGAAUUCUAAUUCUGAUCAUUUUUUUCGCUCUCCCGGAGACAUUUCGUAAGACAUCACCCUCCCAUUCAUUGCCUCAAACCUCUCCAACAGCGCCUCGUGGUCGUUUUAACCCACUCGCCCCACUCGCCUUACUCCGUUAUCCGAACGUCUCGUUAACCUUGCUUUACGUGAGCUCGGUAUUCGCCAUCAUCUACGUCCAGAACACUCUGAUAUCAAAAAAUUUUACCCAACUAUAUAAUCUUAGAACAUCCGACGUUGGACUCGUGUUCCUGGGUCCAAGUUCCGGGUACAUCGUUGGAAGUGUGAUAGGUGGAAAGUAUUCGGAUUUCGUGUUUAAUAAAAGUGCUAAAAAAUGUGACGGCGGGGUCGGUUAUCCGGAAAUGCGAUUGAAUAGCACUUGGUUUGCAAUGAUCUCUUUGCCUGCAUCUUACGUGACCUAUGGAUGGAUGAUUGCGCAUAGGCUUGGUAUGAUGUUUCCCCUAAUCGCAAUGUUCAUUGGAGGAUUCAGCUGCCUAAUAGUGUUCAACUCAACCUCCACUUAUCUGGUUGAUGCAUUUCCCGGUCGUAGUGCUUCGGCAAUCGCGGUGAACAAUUUUUUACGAUCGAUAGCCGCGGCGACCGUUUCAGCAGCUGCCGCACCUUUGCAAGAUGCUCUCGGUAUUGGAUGGUUGUACACCAUCAUGUCGGGUCUCACUUUAAUAGGAAGCGGUUUUCUGGUGUUGGUAUAUUUCAAAGGGAAAAAUUGGAGGGAAAAAUUGGAGAAUGAGGGGACUUGA